AUUUUUGCAAUGGGAAACUGCAAUACUGAUGUGUAUCCUAGGUGCAAAUCCUCCAAUCGAGGUUGUCGAAGGAUUCGCUAAAAGGAUAUGGAAACAGGCAGAUAUUCUUGACGUUACUAUGCUCAAACCUGGGCAAUUUGUGUUUCAAUUUGGUAGAACUGAAGAUACUGAGGAAAUUUUGAAGAAAAGCUACUAUUUCUUUGAUAACAAACCAGUAUAUGUGAGGAAAUGGCAGCCAGGAAGUAGGGUGAACCUAGAUGCUCUGACUGAUAUACCCAUAUGGAUCCAACUGCCAGAUUUGGAUCCUAAAUUUUGGAGCAUCUCUGGCCUAAGCAAGAUUGGAACCCUUAUAGGUAACCCAAUUAAAGCUGACAAAACAACAAUUGGGAAAACCAGAUUGAAUUAUGCUAGAAUACAGAUAGAGGUUGGUAUGAAGCAACAUUUUCCUGAAGAAGUACAGUUUGAAGAUGAUAAAGGAAGGAUCAUAACACAGAUUGUGAAAUAUGAGUGGUACCCUAUCUCAUGUACUCACUGUAAAGCAAUUGGGCAUCGAGAAAAUUUGUGCAGGAAGAAAACAGGUGAAAGGAAAAAGAUGGUAUGGAAAAGAAAAGAUAUCCCAAAUAAGGAAGAAGAAGCAAAAGAAGAGGGAAAGGAAGAGGCACAAAAAGAAGAAGAAGACAAAGCAAUACCUGCUGAUAAGGACUUGGAUACUGUAGAGGAAGAAGGGGAAUUCACAGAGGUCAGUAAGAAGAAAGCUAAUAGGAAACUAUAUCUGGAAGACCAGGAGUAUGAGAAGGCUUAUGGUAUUCAGAUACAUAAAUCCUUGAUGGAAGGCCCUUAUAUGGGACACUAUCCUUUCUUAUCAUGAUAAGUUGCUGGAAUAUAAGGGGGCUUAAUAGCCCAAAUAAACAAGUAGAAUUAAAACGCUUUAUUAAUAAACACUCUAUUGCUCUGAUGGGAGUUCUGGAGACCAAAAUAAGGCAGGAUAGGUAUGCCAAAAUAAAGGAGAAGUUCCUAG